AUUUGUAUUAAGUUUCCCACUCUUCAGAUUUGUAUAAAAACUUUAUUCUAGAAAUUUAUAAUUCGACGCACAAUCUGUGGUGCCAUGGCGACCAUGAGAAACUCGCACGGCUAUCGAAUAAGUUUUCUAGUUUUUUGCUCGUUGUUGUUGAUUGAUUCAAGCAAAUCGUCAAGUGUUUGCAACACGCACGAGACUUGCGCCAAGUGCAUCGAGGCUCCUACCUGUAACUGGUGCCUCAGAGACGCUGUGCCCAAGAGUGCUUGCCUCGGACCUGACGAGCUCCACAAAUGCACGGAUGGCAAACUGCAAGAACUGAAGAGCGGAUACCGGAGCGAUAGAAAAUUAAUCCCGGCCAACAAAUACGUACGAGCCACGCUGACGCCUCACAGUACAAGUGUUGACAUCAGAAGCGGCGACACUGUGGAGGUUCCUCUGAUCCUGAAAGUGACCUCGGCACCUAAGAUAGAUUUGUAUUACCUGACGGACAUCUCUUCGAGCAUGAAAGAUGAUUUGGAAAGUGUCAAAAAUCUGGCAAGCACACUAGGAGAGGAGAUCAAAAAUCACACGAGCGACUUCAACGUUGGUUUCGGGACUUUCGUGGACAAAGACACGUUGCCUUACGCAGAUGCAAUAGCAACAAUCAGAGGACAGCACAGACCUACCAGCAAACAAUGUGAUGUGUCUAUGACUUUCUGCAACGCCAUGGCGCUGGAGAAGUACGAUACUGCAACAUUUGAGGCAGUAGUGGGUGAUGCUCAAGUGUUGGCGAACGAUGACUCGCCAGAGGGAGGUUUCGACGCUCUGCUGCAGGCCCUGGCAUGCAAAGAACAAAUUCGAUGGAGGGAUGAGGCGGCCAAGAUUCUCCUCUUCUCAACAGACGCUGCUUUCCACUACGCUGGCGAUGGCAAGUUGGCCGGAAUCGCGGCACCUCACGACGGAGCUUGUCACAUGGACCGAGAAGGGAAAGUCUACACGGAGGCGCUCACAUUGGACUACCCCAGCGUUUAUCAGAUUUCGAGAGCCGCGAACUCGAGCGAAGUACACGUGGUUUUUGCUGUAAUUGAGAGGGCAAAAGCUCUGUACGAUGCACUGAGCAAGCAAGUGGAGCUAUCGAGCACCGUUCUCAUUGAGGAGGAUUCAUCCAACAUAGUGGAUCUCAUCAUCAGCCAAACAUCGAAAAUCACGACUACUUACGACAUGGUAGCGACUGGGUACCCGGAGGAAGACAUGGAGGUAACUCUGACCGCCAGGUGCCCUAAAGGCAACGGGUCUACCUGCGCUGGAUUGGUGCUUGGCAAUUCUGGAGUAAUUACUGUCAGCAUCAAGUUGAAGAGAUGUCCGCCUUCCGAUAAACCCAAGAAGACAAUGUUCACCAUCCACCCCAGGGAUAAUGCCAAAAUCAACGCCACCAUCGCCGUGAAUUUCCUGUGUACAUGCCAGUGUGAGGAGCCAGAAGUGAGUUCUGCACGCUGCAGCGGUCGUGGUACUCUGGAGUGCGGAACGUGUGCUUGCGAAGGGGGCUUCUUCGGCGCGAACUGCAGCUGCAACAUGGACUCGGAGCAGAGCAACGAGAAGUGCAUAACGGACAGCUCCGGCGCGGUCUGCAGCGGCAGGGGGAGCUGCGUCUGCGGAAAGUGCUUGUGCGAUCAGUUUGAGGAGAGCGGAAGCACGCACUCGUACUGCAGCGAAACUUUGUGCUCGGAGAGCGAUUUUUCUUGCGGCCCUACGAAAGACAAUUUGUGCUACAAUCAUGGCGACUGCCGGUGCGGCAACUGCACAUGCCACCCGACGCGCACGGGGAAGUUUUGCAACUGUCCUACAGCCACGGAAAGAUGUUAUCCAAGUGGAUCAGGAGACAUGUGCUCUGGCAGAGGCCGUUGUGAGUGCAACACGUGCGUGUGCGACAGAAAAGAUGACAACUUUUGGUUCUUUGGCGACACUUGCCAGUACUGCAAGGACUGUGGAGACUUCUGCACCGGAGAAUACAGUCUGAUGCCGUGCUUGCAAUGCGAGUGGUUCAACAAAUACAAGAAUUUUAAAGUGAAAGAAACAAACAAAGAGCAAUAUUGCAAGUCGAGAAAAUGCCAUCUGGUCACUAAUUACACCAUAGUCACACGCGAGUACAUCAAUGAACUGAAAGACAAGAGCUCGUGUAAAGCAACAGAUGACACUGGGAAAUGUGAGAAAGAGUUCUGGUAUGUCCUUUUAAACGAAACAGCCUACGAGGUCUACUACAUUGAUGAAGACGCCGCGUGCACUGACGAUAACAAAAUCAUAUACAUCGUCGUUGGCGCAUUGGCCGGGCUCUUGCUGCUCAUCCUGCUCGCUCCGACGAUCAUUUACUGCAAGAGAUGGCGGGCAAAUGUUAAAGAAGUCGAAGAAUUCUCGAAGCAUUUGCAAACUCCGGAAAAAUGGAGAGAACAGACCAAUGAGCUCUACAAAGAUCCCGUUGCGAAAAUGCAGAACCCGCUCUAUGGUGGAACUGCCAGCAACGAACUGUGAACGCGUGUCCAAAUCUAGUUUAGUUGAAACGGACGAUGCAGGACAAGAUUUAACUACCAGAUAUUUUAUCAUUUCUCUAAAUCGUGUCUGCCACGCUGAUUUGUUGUCCGUGCAAAACGUAAUUUCAAGAAAACAAAGCUCUGCAAUAACGGACGCGUACAAACUUAGAAAAAUUAUUUAAUUUCGACAACAAGGCCAAUUUGAAUAGAUUAAAGCAUCAUAAUGAUUAAUGUACUUAUAAAUAGUUGCAUGUUUGACUAGUUUUCUGCUAUAUUUCACGCUAGAAAUGAAUCAUGUAGUCAAUGAUUUGGUAGAAUAAUUUAUUAUUAUCAAAUAAGUUCAUAAUUUUUAAUAUUUUUGGGCCUUUAGUCUAUUGAAUUAUAAAUUGCGUUUUUUAAUUUAGUCCUAUUUCUGCAAGCUUUUUAAAAUUCGUAUUUCAUCUAAUGAAAAAUGCACUUACAUUAAUCAUAAUUUUAAAUUCCGUGACUCAUAUGAUAAUAUAAGAAAUGCACUAAGUUAAAGUAAAGAAAUUUUCCAUUGUGAUUCAUCCAGGACAAAAGUCGUCCAAAUUUGAAUUCAUGCAGUCACAGGUGUCGAGAAGUUCUUGAGGUACAAUAGAAUCUUGCUGGUAAGUUCGGUGGAUAUUGAACUGACAUUGUUGGUAUUUUCAGAAUUGCUUGAUGCACUGUUUGAAAAUGCUUGAUCGAGUAUCUCGCUUUAUUCCAAGCUCCGUUUCCAUUACAUUAUUAUAAUAAACUUACGAUUCCAAUAUUUUAAAAUAUUUAAUA